GUAGACCUAUCGUUCCACUCCAACACAUUACAAAAACAUCUUCACUAAAACAAUAAUAAUUAUACCAAUCUUUCUCUUCUCUUCUCUUCUUCCAUAUAAUUCUUCUUCUACAUUAUCUCUCAUCAUCAUCAUCAUCAAUCCUCUGUUUCUUUAUUUAUACAAAGUUUGAAAGAAAAUGAGUUUGUUAUCAACAAAAGCUUCAUGCAAUACUCACGGCCAAGAUUCUUCCUACUUCUUAGGAUGGGAAGAGUACGAGAAAAACCCUUAUGAUGAAAUUCGAAACCCAAAGGGAAUUAUCCAGAUGGGUCUUGCAGAAAAUCAGCUUUCAUUCGACCUUCAUGAAUCAUGGCUAGCAAAUAACCCAGAAGCAGCUGGGCUAAAGAGAGGUGGUCAAUCAAUUUUCAGAGAACUUGCUCUGUUCCAAGAUUAUCAUGGUCUCCCAGAAUUUAAAAAAGCAAUGGUUGAAUUCAUGUCUGAAAUUAGAGGAAACAAAGUAACGUUUGACACAAACAAUCUAGUCCUAACCGCUGGUGCAACCUCGGCUAACGAGACACUCAUGUUCUGUCUGGCUGAACAAGGCGAUGCCUUCCUUCUCCCAACUCCAUACUACCCUGGAUUUGAUAGGGAUCUUAAAUGGAGAACCGGAGUUGAGAUAGUACCUAUUCAUUGCACAAGCUCAAAUGGCUUCCAAAUCACUGAAGAUGCUUUAGAAAAAGCGUACCAAGAUGGUCAAAGUCGUAAUUUAAGGGUCAAAGGUGUUUUAAUUACCAACCCAUCUAAUCCCUUAGGCACCACAACAACGCUAAAAGAGAUGAACCUUCUCCUUAACUUCAUUGAAGAGAAACAAAUUCACCUCAUUAGUGACGAAAUCUAUUCAGGAACCGUUUUUAACAACCCUGGCUUCGUAAGCGUGAUGGAAGUUCUCAACAACAGAUCAUCAAAAAACGACAUACUUAGCCAACGAGUUCAUGUCGUUUAUAGCUUAUCCAAAGAUCUGGGUCUCCCAGGAUUUCGCAUUGGAGCAAUUUACUCCAACGACAAAAUGGUCGUAGCUGCAGCCACAAAAAUGUCCAGCUUCGGUUUGAUCUCUUCACAGACACAAUAUUUGCUUUCGGCUAUGUUGUCAGACAAAAAAUUCACAAAAACUUACAUUUCAGAAAACCAAAAGAGACUCAAGAAACGACAUGAAAAGAUUGUCGUUGGUCUUGAGAAGAUUGGUAUAAGUUGUUUAAAAAGUAAUGCUGGGUUGUUUUGUUGGGUUGACAUGAGACAUCUUCUCAAGUCAAACACAUUCGAAGCUGAAAUAGAUCUUUGGAAGAAGAUUGUUUACGAUGUGAAACUCAAUAUCUCUCCUGGCUCCUCUUGUCAUUGUACUGAGCCAGGUUGGUUCCGAGUUUGUUUUGCCAACAUGUCCGAGGAAACAUUGGAUCUCUCAUUGCAAAGGUUGAAAGCUUUUGUCAGUGAGUUCAAUCUCAUUAAACAACAGUACUCAUCACUUAAUUCAUCAUCAAUUAUCAAAAACUCGAGAAGAAAGUCGAUCACCAAGUGGGUUUUCCGGCUAUCAUUCGACGGUACCGAACGGGAACCUGAACAACGAUAGCCUGGUAUGGAUCGUAUAUCAUCAAUUAUUACAACACUACAUAACACCCCAAUAAUUGAUCAUAUCAUCCCACCACUUGAUGAUAAGGAGGACGAGGAUGAUCGAUCCAUCACAUGAUUAUUAAUUAUUAUUUUUUAUAUAUUACUAUAUAUUAUUUGUUAUUAUUAUUAUUUACUAUAUAUAUAUUCUUUCUUUAGUUUUUUUGCCAACAAAAAAGAAAAAUUACAUUGGUUCAUAUGGUGUGGUGAGUUAAUCCCCCUAUUUAUUUCUUCUUUUGUAAGUUUAAUUACCAAAAUCAUUAUUAUUAGAUAUAUUGUAGUGCACUCUAUCCUCCAUGUGGAUUAGAAGUGAAUUUAGAAAUCAAUAUUAUUAUUAUUCUGUGUAAAAGUUUGAGUAAUUAAUAAUAUAUAUACACUAUUC